ACCAACCGCGCGCUCGAUCGCGCCGGGUCGGCGCCCUCCACCUCGCGGCGCGGUAACAGGCACCACAACCACUUGCUCUUGCACGCAGUACGCACUAGUAAAAUCGCCGCGCCACCGGCGAUAUAUACGUGGCCGCCGCCGGCUUUGCAAGCCCUCCUAGCCCCGCGCGUCCUGGCUCUGGCUCCGGCUGGAGAGAAGAGAGAGGGAUAGGGAUCGGGCCGGGAGCGAAUUCUUUGCCUCUGCGGCUCUGCCCCGCGACAGCGACGCGGGCGGGGCCGAGCGGCACAGCGCGGCUCGCCACCUACAGAGACCCGGGGGGAGAGGGACAGGCCGCGCGCGCACGCCACCGCGCUCCAUUGGCCACGCCGUUGCCAUCACGCUGAUUAAACUACUCGAUCGCCCAGCUCGCUAGCUUGCUUCUCGCAUGCGAUCCGUCUCCCUCCAUUCCUCCUCUUCCUCAACAGGCAAGGCUGGUUGAGCGAGCUAGGCGGGACUAGCUCUAUCUGAGGGAGUGAGCCGGCCGGUGAUCGAGAGGCCGGCCAUGGAAGGCGAGGAUGACGGGCCAGAGUGGAUGAUGGAGGUGGGCGGGGCCGGAGGAAAGGGAAAAGGCGGCGGCGGGGUGGACAGGAACAAGAAGCGGUUCAGCGAGGAGCAGAUCAAGUCGCUGGAGUCCAUGUUCGCGACGCAGACCAAGCUGGAGCCGCGGCAGAAGCUGCAGCUGGCGCGGGAGCUCGGGCUGCAGCCGCGCCAGGUCGCCAUCUGGUUCCAGAACAAGCGCGCGCGCUGGAAGUCCAAGCAGCUCGAGCGUGAGUACUCGGCGCUCCGCGACGACUACGAUGCCCUCCUCUGUAGCUACGAGUCCCUCAAGAAGGAGAAGCACGCGCUCCUCAAGCAGCUGGAGAAGCUGGCCGAAAUGCUGCAGGAGCCUCGGGGAAAGUACGGCGGCAAUGCCGACGCCGGUGCCGGGGACGACUUGCGCUCAGGCGUCGCCGGCAUGAAGGAAGAGUUCGCGGACGCCGGGGCGGCGCUCUACUCGUCCGAUGGUGGCGGCCGCGGCGGCGGCAAGUUCGCGCACUUCGCGGACGACGACGCUGGGGGCCUCUUCCGGCCGUCCCCGCACCAGCCGGCCGCCGGGUUCACGGCGUCGGGACCGCCGGAGCACCAGUCGUUCCAGUUCCACUCGAGCUGCUGGCCGUCGUCCACGGAGCAGACCUGCAGCAGCUCGCAAUGGUGGGAAUUCGAGUCCUUGAGUGAGUGAUCGAGUAGAUCAUUAGAUCAUGCAACUAUCACGAAUUCACAAUCCACAUCACGACCAGAAGAUUCAGAACACGUACGUACGAUCGAGUACGAAUCCGUAGAGAUGAUCAGUCGAGGGUGACGGUGUACAUAGCUUCAUCAGUAGAUCGAAAUCCUGUCCAGGCAAUUUCUUCUCCUCCUCAGCAUGCAAUUUUUUCCUCUCUCUCCCCAUAUUCCCUGUUGUCGCUACCAGAUCAUGUAAUCCAGGAACAUGUAGAGCAAAGAUCAAACCUAUAGAGAUGGUCACAUGCGACCUAGCAGUUUACCCUGUUCAA